CAUUUACACACAACGGUAAAGAUAUUUUAUAUUAUUAAAUUUGAUAAAAUAAAAUAUAUUAUAUAAAAAUAAUUAUUUAAAAUAAAACAAAUUCGCACCGCACACACAAAAUACUAUAUGACCAAUGCUACAGUAUUUUUCGUACGGCUAAUUUUUGUCAACAAAAUUUAAAAAAAAUGAUAUAAUUUUAAUAGAAUGUUCGCGGUUUCACCAAACAAUAUAUUAUUAUUAUCAUAAUAUAUUAAAAUAAUAAUCGUAUAUACAAAAUAUUAUUAUUGUUCUCGUCGUUAUAUCAUCACCAUCACCAUCGCUGUUAUUACUAUUGAAUUAUUUUUAUUAUAAAAAUAUAAUUUUCGUCGUAAGUUUCGCAUCGUAACGUAUACAACGGGUCUUACGCGUCGUCUCUGUCGUUGUUGUCGUCGUCGUCGUCGUCAAGAUCCUCCCCCGGUUUUCCCGACGUCUCCUCGGACCUGCUGCAGUGCGAGUCCUGCUGUGCGCCGCACACGCGGGCGGAAUCGACAGUGCAGAACACCCGGCUCACACCUCGCUCACGCCGAUCGACAGACACGCCGUGACAUGGCUCUUCUGCUUGGCGACCACUGCGGUAGACAGCAGAUAUCGACGUUGGUGGCACACCGGGAACGACCGUUCUGCACGGAGAGGACAGCCAGGGCGAUAGCCAGGGUCGGCCAGGGGGUGAACUUAGCCAUCGAGCGGUUUGUGACUGUCGGCGAGACCAUUGCGGACGACAAUCCCGAGAUAAAGGCCGACAUGUACCUGGAGUGCAAGGAGGCCAGGGCGGCAGGUGCUUCCAUCGAAAAACUAUGCGAAGCCGUGUUUGAAGAUUCGAUUAAUGAUCGAGCAUCUGUGAUAAGAGCUGCCCGAUGCUUGUUGAGUUCAGUGACUAGAGUGUUAUUAUUAGCAGAUGUAGUCGUCGUUAAGCAAUUAAUUUCAGUCAAAGACAAGGUGUCACGAAGUCUAGGCCGGUUAGAAGGCGUCAACAACUUCACGGAGUUUGUCAAGGCAUUCAGUCACUUUGGCACCGAAAUGGUGGAGUUGGCUCACCUGACGGGUGAACGGCAAAACGACCUGAAAGACGAACGGCGGCGAUCUCAGAUUGCCGCGGCUCGGCAGGUACUAGAACGAUCCACCAUGCUACUGUUGACUUCGUCCAAGGCGUGUCUGAGGCACCCGGACAGCUCGGAGGCCAGCCAAAACCGGGACACGGUGUUUUGCCAGAUGCGCAGGGCCAUGGACCUGAUCCAUUACGUGGUCAAAGACGGCGUGAAGGAGGGUGGCGGUGAGUCCAUGGCCCUGACACCGUACAUAUCGGAACAAGACGGUGGCGACACACUUGGCCACGCGCUCAACGUCCUGGACUCGUUUGUCGACAUGACGAGGCUGACACUCGUGCUGAGCGAGAAGGAAACGCUAUUGCGUACCAUGGACGUGAUCAUGGAACGCACGCAAGACUUCACGGACAGCGCGUACACCAGGCACGAGCAUCGGGAAAAUAUACUGACGCUGUGCGAUCGCGUCAAAACGCAUCUCGACCAGUUGAUCAGAGCUGGAGCCAGACUGGAACAGUGUGACGAAUAUUCACCUACGAAAUCGCUGGAAGUCGCCGUAAACCAGUGCCUCGACGCCACCAAAGAACUCAGACUGCAGCUCAUAGCGACGUGUAAAGAACAAUCCCAUGACUUACCUUUAAUAAUUAGGACCGGGUACGAUCUCGUAACGUGCAUACAGACCACGUCUUCCGACGGAGAUGUCGAUAGUCUCAACAAGUACGGUGAUCAAUUCGUAGAAGUCGUAGACCAAAUCGGAGAAAUUUGUAAAGUACUCAGGCACAUUGCGACUGCAGAAUCUCUUCAGGUUUCUGCAAAACAUGCCGAAGUUAAUUUACGAGUGUACGCACCACAAAUUGUUACUGCUGCUCAAGCAUUAGCUCACUAUCCUUGUUCAAAAAUCAUAAAGGAAAAUUUAGAAGUAUUUGCGGAUAUGUGGCAAGCUUUAACUCAAGAUGUGUCUACGGUGUGUAAAGAAAUUAUGGAAAAACAAAUACCGGAAAAACAAACAUACAUGUCACUCCCCAGGCCAGGCAAACAUGGUACGACGACGAAACCACUGAAAUCCGUGAGACUAGAUUUAUCGGAACAAGAUCAAAUCGCUAAGGCUGGUCUGGAAAUGAAAUUGGCAUCGAGUGAAGUAGAUGCGGAAGCUGAUCGGUGGGGCGCCGGCGAAGAUGAUGACGCAGCCAACGAAGAAGGCGCCAGCGUGGACGAACGGGGCAAUGCGACGAAAGCACACGAAGACAACGACAUUGUGCGCAGGGCGAAAAACAUGUCGGGUAUGGCGUUGAGCAUGUACGAGUUUACCAAGGGUGACGGCGGUUCGUCGCUGAGGACCACUCAAGAUUUGUUCACGCAGGCGGAAUACUUGGCUGAGGAGGCUAAUAGGCUGUACAAAUUGGUCAGACAAUUUUCGUAUCAGGUUCCUAUGGGUGCAAACAAAAAAGAACUUUUAGAACAGUUAGAUCAAGUUCCAACAUACGUACAACAGUUGCAAUUCACCGUAAAAAUGCCUACGGUUGGUAAAUCUGCUACGUUUUCAAAGGUUGACAGUGUGAUUAACGAAACUAAAACGUUAAUGAAUGUUAUAUCAAAAGUAGUCACGACCUGUUUCGUAUGUGCUACUAAAUACAACCUGGACUUCCAAGGUCUGUCGACCAGAAGCGGGGGCUUCGGCGACCGUGGCGAAGACGGUAGUGGUGCUGGUUCCGGAGGCGAAGGUGGCAAACUGAGUGGAGGAUCAGGCUCGGAUGGAUCCAUGUGACAGUUUGGGAUGGGGCGGAGGAGCAAAGGGGAUGGCCGUCGCACCCGCGUGUCGUUCCUACUCUUCUGAGCCCGUGCAGCUACACUCACAGCCAGCACGAAACCCACAAACUAUUUACAUGGCUUCCAAAUCCCUGCAUACAACCAAUACUACUGGAAAAUCAUUUCCGGUAUUUGGAUUACUAAAGUUACCGGAUAAGUUUCGCUCAACAAAUAAAAGUAGCAUAAAAUAUAUUUACAUUGUAUUUGUCUAUAAUAAUGUUUAUUCGCCGUCGCCGCAUCAGGAGGGAAUGGCUAUUACAAUAUUAUAUCCGUGAUACGAUCGAUUUAACUCAAUCGCGCCCUAGACGAAUAGAUUCUGUUAACGUUCGAUUCGCAUCGAUUUACCGUGUUAUUUGUAUUAUUAAUUUUUAAUAUAUUUUAUCAACGGCGAUUCACCUAAGUUAAACAAUCAUUCGAGUACAGUUUUUCCGAGUUCGAGUGUGUUUUAAUAAUGUAUCGUGGUAUGAGGCGUAUCUAUUAUAAUCGUAUGAAACAAAACGAUGCUAUAACGUACGCUAAUGGAUGGUAACUAUACAAUUCUAAAGUAUAGUGAACACUAAAUAAAAACGACACGUUAAUACGAUUUGACUGACAAUAUAAGAUUGUAGGUUCAAUGUUUUGGGCAAACAGCAAUGUAUACACAUACAUUUAUAUAAUAUAAAUAAUUUUCAACAAAUGUCUUGAUUUUUUGAAUCAUAAUAAAACGAUGUCACUAAAAAUGUUAUUUAACUUAAACACAAUCUUAAGCUUAUAGACAAUCAGGCAAUAUAAUUUAUUAGGACACAGCUAAGAAAGAUCUACAAUAUGAAAUCAAUAUUUUAACUACAAAGUAUAAUAUAAUAUAUUUAUAUAUUUAUAUAUAUAUAUAUAUAUAUAUAUAUAUAUAUUUAUGCGUGUAAUAUAUGAGUAAUAAAACGGUGUUCAUUAGGAUAUCUUUUACGAUGGACUUAACCUGACUGCUCAUAUUGAGUACCUAUUAUUUGGUUUGUUUUGAUAUUUACUUGUACAUAAAAAUACUAUUGACUGUACAAUUUUAACCUGAAUUUUGAUAUCAUUCGGCUUUAAGUCAUAAUAAAUUCAUCGCAAUAUAGAUGUGUUCUUAAUAAUUAGCUAUUAUUAAAUAAUAAUUAUAAUAUUACCACACAUACUAUACGAUUUCAUUUGCAUUGGACAUCUAAUUCCAAACUAUCAAAAUUCAUUCAAUAACGAUUCAAAUAAUAUUUGACUAUUUUCUACAAUGUGAAAAUUAUGAAAAUUAUUAAUAUUUUUUCUGAGAUGUCAAGACUGUGUCUUCCACUCAAAAAAAAAAAAAAGUUUUCCAUGUUAAAAAAAAACUUCAAAGUAGAAUAUUAAGCUAUGUGUCUUCCCCAAAUUGUGUUCCAUUGCCCUGUAACUUCCCGUGUGUUUUAACUUAUUAGAUAUAACGAUCUCUGAAAAAAAUUAGUUGUUGAUCAAUAUUUUAUUAUGAAUUGAUUAUUUUAAUACAAUUUCGAAUAAUUAUGGCGUUCUAUUUAAAUGCCAAAUUUUAAAAAUUCGCAAAUCUUUUUUGGCUUUAACGUUUUUUAACGAUCUUUAAAAGUGAUUUUGUAAAUACAUACAUUAUUAGACUGUGCCAAAUUUUUAACAUCGUUUGAUCAAUUUUAAAUAAUUUGUAUACCGUGUUAUUUUUAUGUAAAUUUAUCAAAAUACAAUUUGUUAUUAAGAGUGAAAAAUUUCAAUUUCUUCAUCGUUAUCGUAUUACUAUAAUAAGAUCGUUCAUAUUAAUAGACACUACGCAUAACAAUAGAUAAAGAAAAAAUAUCGUUUGCUUUGAACUGAUGUCCAAUUAACCGUGUACAUAAAACUGUUGAACGAAUUACAUACUGAGCCAUAUUUAUUUCUUGAAGUAUAAACUUUGAUUUAAAUGCGUUCAUUUUUUUUAAAAAAUAAAUAUGCAUAAUAAAAUGCAGUCAACAAUUAUUCAUCAUUUUUUUUUAAGAUCAAUAAUAAUAUUUAUUUUUUUUUGUAAUCAAUUGUU